CCGUUCGCUGUCGGUGUCCUGCGCUCCCUGCGAUCUGCGACCAUCAAAACCCUUGAAACGAACCCGUCCAUCACGUUCAUGGCAGCUUCAGUUUUCUCCUUGGUCUUCACAUAACUCUUUAAAAAUUCCGCCCAAAAGAAAAAAGCGUUCUGUCCCGUUUUGCGGGUUUACUGCAGAUGUAAGUACCGUAUGCUUAGCUUAGCGUGUGGUUAGCCUCAUCCAUAGAGCAUCAUCCAUCAUGUUGUUGACAACAUUUUUUGACGGUGUACAACAACUAUCCCGAGGACCUAGGGGCAGCUCUUUACAGAGAACUGUUUGACUUCAACGCCGAGCCGCCUUGGGAUCCUAGCUGAUAGUGGACGAGUUCUUCCCCGGACUCAUCCAUUUUAACGCAUCGGCCAAGGACCCAGGGGCUCGACAAGGAGUAAGCGUGACUACUUUGUACCAAUCAUAUUCUUUAUGCCUGUCGGAUUAGAAGAAAACGGCUGAGAGGAUGAAAGGAAUUGCUGAUGAACCACAGUACUCUAUUGGCCUCUUGGAGGGAGGCACAGCUCUGUGUGAUGUGAUCGACAAUCAUAUUUAUGAGCAAUCUCUGUCCAAGAAGAAUGCUUUCUUUGUAGCUGACCUGGGAGUUUUAGUUAGACAGCAUGUCCUCUGGCGAACUCACAUGACGCAGAUUCGUCCUUUUUACCCUGUCAGGUGCAACAGUAGUCCAGCAAUUAUUGAGGUCCUAGCUGCUCUCGGCACUGGCUUCCUGUGUGCUAAUAAGUCUGAACUGGAGCUGGUGCAGAGCCGAGGCAUCCCGCCUGAAGAUAUUAUCUACAGCGGUGUUUGCAAACAGGUUUCCCAGCUAAAGUACGCUGCUAAGAAUGGCAUUGACCUUCUUAUGUGUGACAGUGAAGUAGAACUACGAAAAAUUGCUCGUUCCCAUCCCAAUGCAAAGUUGUUACUUCAAGUAUCAUCAGAAACCUCUUAUCCAGAUGAAAUGAGCAUGGCUUUUGGCUGUUCCCUCAAAGAUUGUAGGCAUCUGCUGGAAAGUGCCAAAGAGCUAGGUGUGCAGGUGGUUGGAGUCAGAUGUCACAUUUCCAGCUCCUUAGAUGAUGAUGUGUACAUUCAUGCCAUUUCAGAUGCCCGUUGUGUAUUUGAUAUGGGAGAGGAUAUUGGAUUUAAUAUGAAGAUCUUGGAUAUUGGGGGUGUCUGCUCAGUUCAACUUAAUAAAAUCAAAAGUACAGUCAUGGCUAUGGUGGAGCUCUACUUUCCUCCUUCUUCUGGAGUUUCUCUCAUUGCUGAACCUGGCAGCUAUUUUGUAUCCUCUGCUUUCACCCUGGCCGUCAAUAUAAUUUCAAGGGAGAUGGUGGCUCGGGACCAGCAAGACCAUGAUGACCCUUCUCCAAAUGAUGAGCAAGCUUUCAAGUAUUAUAUGAAUGAUGGUGUCUAUGGAUCAUUUGCUGGCAAACUCACUGAAACAUUGAUCACCACACCAUCUGUCCACAAGAGCACAUCUGUGGAUGCCCCAGUGUUUUGCAGCAGCCUGUGGGGUCCCUCGGGGGAUGACAUGGACCAGAUCGUGGAGCACUGCCUCUUGCCAGAGCUUAAUGUCGGAGACUGGCUCUUAUUCAAUAAUGCUGGUGCAUACGGCUUGGGUCAGCCAGUUUGCACAGAACCGCAUGACUCCUCGACCCCUCCUGUGUUUUAUGUCAUCUGCUCAAGAGAGUGGUUUGAAAUGCAGGACACUGGUGUCACCCAAGAGACUUCUCUGAAGAACUUCUCCUUAAUCCCUUACUUUUUGAAUUCCUGCCAAACAGCCGCUGCAUUCUCUGUUCCAGCUUAGCAGUUGCCCUACAUUGAGGCUCUAAACUUUGACUGGUGUCAGUCUGCUUUCUCUGGCCCACAUUCCACUUUUUUGUGAAAAACCAGCAGGUAGAGCUUGCUGUGAAUGUCACAAUAAAUGUACAUUCAUUUCUGUAUUUUGCGCUUGUUUGGAAAUUAAAUGUUGAGCAAAAAGCUUGUAACAAAACUGAGAACUUACAUUAUAAGCAGUCCUCAUUACAGUUAAUAUCUUCAAUAGAUUAUAUUAUGAGCUACAGUUAUUUAUUUCCUUUGCUGUUUGCAGUUUUGUCCAUUUACAUGAAGUGCUGUAUAUCACUUGUUGUUUUUAUAAUUUAUAUUGUUUUUUGUGUGUUAGGCUACAAUGUGAACCUCAAUAACUUCAUACAACUCAUAUUAUGAUUGUAGUAUUUUGAUUUAAGAUUACAUAGUGUUAUGAUAAUGUUGACAGUUACACAAUUGGACUGAAUGCAACUGAUGUGCAGACUUUCAACUUAAAAAAAACAACAUUUUAUUAAAAUAGGUGUUGGAGAAUUUUUGCAAGAGACUUAUUUCAGUUGUAGCAUACAAUUUACAUAAUACAUUAUGCAUUCUGUAUUUAGUGCAGUAAUGGAAAUUAAUGUGAUAAUAAUCAAAGCAUAGAGUUGUUAAUUCUGAUAAAAUAUUCCUGUCUGCUUGGGUGUGAAUUAUGAAGCAGUGUUAAGGGUUCACUAUUGAACUGCUGCUAGGCCUAGACAAAGUAAGCUAUAUUAUUCAGUAUGUUUUCAGUGUAUUCAGUGAUGUAGACAGGAAAAAGUGUUUGAUGUGUCAUGAACCAAACAUUAACCUCAAGCUCCCUUUUGCUGUUGUAUUGUUGGUUAUUUAUAUUUGUUAAAUGUUGUGUGUUAGUACAUGUAUAAUAAGAUUUGUGUCAAUGGGCAUAUUUAAUAAUUAGAGCAUUGGCUGUUACUGAAGCUGUUGCUUGUAAUAAAUAAUAAUAAACACUUGACAAAACUA